AUGCUUGAGUUGAGACGCUGUCAGUGUCAAAAUAUCAAACAUCAUUCAGCAGUGAAAAAUGGAGAGCACGGAACGACUCCAUGUUCUGGAGUUAUACAGCGGAAUAGGAGUGAUGCAUUAUGCUUUAAAGAGAGCUCAGUUCCUGCUGAAGUUGCUGCUGCUGUGGAUGUCAACACAACAGCCAAUGAAAUCUACAAACACAACUUCCCCAAUACCCCACUCUUGCCAAAAACUAUCGAGGGAAUGAUGUUACAGGAUUUUGACAAACUGAACUUUGAUGUGAUUUUGAUGAGCCCACCAUGUCAGCCAUUCACCAGGAUUGGUUUGCAGGGAGAUGUUGCCGACCCCAGAACAAAGAGCUUUCUCUAUAUCCUGGAGCUUCUGCCAAGGGAUGCUUUACUUAAGACACUGAGAGAGUGUGACCACAGCUUUCAGGAGUUUCUGAUCUCACCAACAUCUCUUGGGAUACCAAACUCUAGGCUCAGAUAUUUCCUCAUUGCAAGGAGACCACCAGGAUCCUUCUCAUUCCCAACUUCAGCAGAGAUUAUAGAGGGCUUCCCCAUGUCUGAAUCCCCAAACAGUCUCACUGUUCCACACAGUCACCCUACAUCAUCUGAGUGUGAGAGAGAAAAGACUGGGAUGAUCAUUUUUAAGCUGGAGACAGAACAAGAGUUGGAAAGGAAGAGGAUCCAGGACAGUCAGGAAACAGUCCGGAGGCUGCAGGACUUCCUGCAGGAGGAUGAAGAAGGCAUGGAUCAGUAUCUGCUGCCCCCCAAAACUCUGCUCAGAUACGCAUUACUGAUGGAUGUAGUUCAGCCCAGCAGCAGGAGAUCAGUCUGCUUCACUAAAGGGUGUUAUGUAUGA